AUGCUCUCCCCCGAGCACCACCGCCACCACCGUCACCCCCCGCCGCCGCAGCCGCCGCCGCCGCCGCACCACCCGCCGCAGCCCAGCCAUGUCGUGGCCACCAUCGAGAACCUGCCGGCGGAGGGCGGCAGCGGCGGUGGCAGGAGCGGCAUCUCCGCGCCCUCCUCCAGCGUGCGCCAGAGGAUCAAGAAAGUGCUGAACAGGGAUCUCUUGCUCUCUGUGGCACUUGGCCAGGUACUCUCCCUCCUUAUCUGUGGCAUUGGUCUCACAAGCAAGUAUUUGUCAGAAGAUUUCCAUGCCAACACACCUGUUUUUCAGAGCUUCCUCAAUUAUAUCCUGCUCUUCUUGGUCUACACAACAACACUGGCUGUUAGACAAGGAGAAGAAAACUUGCUGGCAAUUUUGAAAAGGAGAUGGUGGAAGUACAUGAUCCUGGGGAUAAUAGAUAUAGAAGCCAAUUACCUGGUAGUCAAAGCUUAUCAAUACACCACUCUUACUAGUGUACAGCUCCUAGACUGUUUUGUCAUCCCAGUGGUGAUACUGCUCUCCUGGUUCUUCUUACUGGUCCGAUACAAGGCAGUACAUUUUAUUGGGAUCGUGGUCUGCAUUUUGGGCAUGGGCUGCAUGGCUGGAGCAGAUGUCCUUGUUGGGAGACAGCAAGGAGCAGGUGAAAAUAAACUGAUAGGGGAUCUCUUAGUGCUGGGUGGAGCAACACUAUAUGGCAUCUCCAACGUUUGUGAGGAGUACAUCGUCCGAAAUCUGAGUCGAGUGGAAUUUCUGGGCAUGAUUGGACUCUUUGGCUCCUUCUUCAGUGGAAUUCAGCUUGCAAUCAUGGAACAUAAAGAGCUGUUGAAAGUUCCCUGGGACUGGCAAAUAGGGUUGUUGUAUGUUGGCUUUAGUGCCUGUAUGUUUGGCCUCUACAGCUUUAUGCCAGUGGUCAUAAAGAAAACCAGUGCUACUGCUGUCAACCUCUCCCUACUCACAGCUGACCUGUACAGCCUCUUCUGUGGAUUAUUCCUCUUCCACUACAAGUUUUCAGGACUUUACUUGUUGUCAUUCUUCACUAUCCUUGUUGGUCUGGUGCUCUACUCUUCCACCUCCACCUACGUAGCCCAGGAUCCUCGGGUGUACAAGCAGUUUCGGAACCCUUCAGGACCUGUUGUAGACCUGCCAGCCACGGGCCAGCUGGAGCCUUCAGUAACAUACACCAGCCUGGGGCAGGAGACAGAAGAGGAGCCUCACGUUAGAGUUGCUUAA